CCUGUCCUUCCCCAGAAUUCCACCACAACCAACCUGCACACCAGCACACCAGCACACCAGCACAGAGACGGCCAACAGAUAUCCAAUUCUCCUCCUCCUUUGUCACCUGGGUCCCAAACCGCCUGCCCACAGCAACCCCCUCUUUGACCCCCCUCCACCCCCCUUGGCGACAGACAGAUAUCUAUCUCAGUACCGACCCGACGGCCUAGGGCUCACCUCGCCCUCUCCCUCUCCCACCGCAGUUCGCGAACACGCAUAGUCUCCAUCCGCCAGGUCUCCACCACAGUCCCCCUGUAUCGGCCUUGUUAGCAAGACGCAACUCAGACAGACGCAGGACCACCGACGACGACACGAGGACAGGGACAAGCACGGGGCCGAGACACGGCCAAGGCGCUUCGUCACAGCGAAGUACAUCCAGUCUGCCAGUGAGGCUCGAAACCGACAAGCCUGUCAACAUUCCCCGACAGCACGCCAUCACGUACCUGCUGCCGAAGCUCUGCUACACGUCUCUCCAAUGGAAGCAUAAUUUGAUAACUGGCGCAAUAUUCUCCCAAAAGCAUUGGACAGGAACGUCCCCGCGGCCCCUGUCCUGCACCAGCGCCUCCCCCAUCCUGGCCUUCUCGCACAGAUACCAUGGAGCCUCCAUCCACUUCUCCGACCGACACUCCUCGUCGUGCCUCGCAGGAAAAUGACGCCUCCCUGCGCCCCGAUGGCGCUACCCCCACAACCCAGUACAGACCCGGUACUCGCCCACGUUUCCCAACCAGUCCACCACACACCGAGGACGGUGAGGUAGAGCCUGCCUCCGGGGCCAACGAUACAAAAUUCAACAAGCUACUCAACUGCGACAGGAGACGGCCAGAGGAGGAGCAGGAGGACAAGUCCCGCCUCGUCAACAUGUCGUCCACCCUGGUCGGCAAAACAGUCACCCCCUUCCUCAGGGAACAUGUCCCGAGCUUGUACGCCCCCGUGUCCAAGAUCGAGUCCGCCCACCCGAACGAGCCAUCGAGGCAAAAGGAGUACAACAGCAAGUUCUGCUACCGACAUCGACCAGACUCGAAAUGCCGGAAGGCUGCCGAUGAGAACAAGAUGGCCAUGAUCCAGAGUGAACUCGAGAAACUCCCACAGGCCGACCAACAGGCUAUUACCCACGUCUGGAGCCUCUUCUCCGCUGCACCAUCAAAACACAGAGAGCUCAUGAUCCAGGGUAUUCUGUCCUCGUCCUGCUUCCCGCAGCUGAGCCUAGUCUCCCGAGAGGUCCAGUCCCAGCUAAAGAUCGACUUCAUCUCCGCGCUGCCCAACGAGAUCUCCAUCAAGAUCCUGUCUUCCCUGGAUACCGUGUCACUCUGCAAGGCGGCCCAAGUAUCUCGCCACUGGCGAGUUCUGGCAGAUGACGAUGCGGUCUGGCACCGGAUGUGCGAGCAACACAUUGACAGGAAAUGCACAAAGUGCGGGUGGGGCUUGCCUCUACUCGAGCGGAACAGGCUGCGCAACUGGACUCGACAACGGCGUCUCGCAGCAAGCCAGAAAGAACCAUCAGAGCAUGUCAUGCCUCUCUCGCCACCAACACUACCUCUUCCCAAUACACCCAAAACGCCGGCAUCUCCAAAGAGAAACGCCAGUCCUUCGGCAGAGGAUGCGCCCUCGAAACGUCAGUGUGUGUCUCGGGUUGGCUCCGGCGAGAACGCCGUCGAGCACAGACGCCCCUGGAAGGACGUCUACCGUGAUCGUUGGCAGAUUGGUGUCAACUGGAAGCUGAUGCGGUAUACCCAAAAGACGUUCAAGGGGCACACCAACGGAGUCACAUGCUUGCAAAUCUGGGACGACACCACCCUCGCUACUGGUUCUUACGACAACACCAUCAAGAUCUGGAACUUGGAAACCGGCGAGGAAGUCCGAACAUUGAAAGGACAUACGCGGGGGAUCCGCUCUCUCCAGAUGGACGACACCAAGUUGUUGAGUGCUAGUCUGGACGGGACUGUCAAGGUCUGGAAUUGGCGCACGGGCCAGUGUAUGCGGACCCUCUCCAACUCGGACGGCGUCAUCUCUGUGCAUUUUCAGGAUGAGUUGGUCGCCACUGGCAGCAUUGACCACACGAUCCGGGUCUACAACUUCUCCAACAAAGAAGCCUUUUGCCUGAAGCAUCAUGACGACUGGGUCAACAACGUCAAAGUGGACACCAACAGCCGCACCUUGCUGUCCGGAUCAGACGACUGUACUGUCGUGCUCUGGGAUCUCGAUACACGCAAAAUCAUUCGCGAGUUUAUUGGCCAUGUCGGCCAUGUGCAGCAAGUUCUGGGACUGCCGGCCGACUUCGAGCCAGACGAGGAUCCGGCCACCGCUGGCCAAGACCCCGCCGAGACGAUGUCUAUUUCUAGCGGACACAGCUCGUCUUCGGCACCAGCCCAUCCUGACUCUGGCUCCAGCAACCCCGAGCUUGAACUCCGCGCCUCCUACGGGCCGGGGUUCAUCAACCAACCCGAUCGUCCUCUGCCUGCUCGGUACAUACUGUCGGGUGGACUCGACGCCUCACUAAAGCUGUGGGACACUUCGACUGGCCGCGUGAUUCGAAACCAGUGGGGUCACCUCGAGGGCAUCUGGUCUGUGGAGUGCGACAGUCUCCGCAUGGUGACCGGCGCGAACGACAGCCUGGUCAAGACCUGGGAUCCGCGGUCUGGCCGGUGCACAGGCACCUUUGCCGGGCACACGGGCCCUGUUACAUCUGUCGCAGUUUCAGACGCUCUUAUGGCGUCGGGGAGCGAGGAUGGAGAAGUCAAGUUGUAUAAUUUCAAGCUGAGUGAUGGGUGCAGACGAUCCACAAGCCCUGGGGAGACAUCAUAAUGAUGUUGGACGUAGGGACAUGGGGGAGCAUUGCGAUCGGAGCCUAGCUUUUCUUGUUCUUUUUUUGUUUCUUUCUGUGUUUUGGGGCGCGCUUAUACCACUAUGUUUCGAUUGGGAGCUAUCAGGGCCAGGCACAGGCACGGGUGGCAUAGGACAAAGGCGUAAAGGGGUUUGCAAUUAUAAUAACAUCCGACCACUCGGCGGUCAAAAAUUGGUGUUACGGAGAACAGGCCGGCACGCAAAAAAAAACAAAAACAUUCUCGGGACCAAGCAUUCUGAUAGGCGUUUGAGCACUCUCGGGUUGGAUCAUGAGGGGUUGGGAAAGCCUGGGGACGGCUUGCUCGGGUUUAUAGCUUGUUGCAAUUCAAUAAUCCACGCA